AGCUGGGGGACGAGACGCGUUAUAUACGUACUAACUUUAAACGGCUCUUUUCAAACCUUCCAUAGACAUAAAAGGUGAUAUGGUGAUCCAGUGGCUUAUAUUUUGUCUUGGCUGUAUCUUGGUUCAGGCAGCGCAGAAGAAAUCAGGUGGACAAGGCAUCAUCAACAUCAAAGCCGAUCUUCUGAAUCUUAAGAACGCAGUCAAUACUCUGGUUAAAACCCAAACAGCGUUGAAAGACUACCUGCAAGAAGAAUUAGCCAGCAUACGAGACGAGGUAUCAAAUCUACGGGACGAUGUGGCCAAUUUAAGGGAUGGUGAAUCCAACGUUAGAGACAAUGUUCUUGAGAUCAAAGAAGAUAUGAUUGAACUUAAGAAACAGUUCGAUGAUACUGAUGUCAGCAAAGGGUCUUCACAAGGUUUGUGCAAUGCGACAUUGGUGGCAGCGGAACUGAAACAAGAUUUCAAUGGUAUAAAUGCACAAAUGAACAACGUGUUGGAUAAAUGUGAGGCAGUAGCACGAAGCAAUUGCACAACAGCGAAGUAUGGAGAAGUUUCAGUUUCACCAGGAGUAACUUGCUUGGAUAUUCAGAAAAGGCGUUUACCAGAAAUCUUGCCAUCGGGGGUGUAUUGGGUGACACUUGGUAAUCCAGGCGUCCAACAGCUGUAUUGUGACAUGGUGACAGAUGGUGGGGGUUGGACAUUAGUAUGGACAUACACGUUUACAGAUUAUGCAAAUUUUGAUAGUUUUACCAAUGCGGUUACUCCUCACCCAUCCUGGAUUGAUAUAGGAUACACUACAGCAAAUACUCCAGUUUCUACAAGCCCUCCUCUAUCUGAGACGCAGCUUGGAGCACUGGAGUUUGCGAAGUGGGGCCGAAUCGGAAGUGAAUUUAUGAUGAAAUCAAAUAUCAACCAAUGGGUUGCGUGUACUCCAGCCACUGGGAGCUUUGUUAAUUUGAGAAGUGGAUCAUUGGAUUGCAGAAUGGUGAAAGUCGUCGCCAGUGAAUGCACCACUGUAGUCCCUAACAGAAUUCAGAUCCAUAAUGCAAGAGGCCCAGCACUUUAUGCGACGUCUGAUUACUUUUUCUUUGACACAAAUAAACAAUCAAACUGGCCAACACAUGAUCCUUGCGGAAGCGGCGCUUUAAAUCAUAUUAAUGAUGUAGUUAACCCAAGUGGCAGCAUAUUUCUUCGCUGA